AUUAGCAGUGCGGUGCUUAACAGCAUACACACACAAACUUCGUCUAUUUGUUGCCUUUCAGGAGUAAAAGACGAAAAUGGCAUCCGACAAACACACUGCCAAGAGUAUGACGCUUGACCCGGCCAACAAACUUCUGAGUGAGCUCCUCACACGGUCACAGAAGCCAGACAUGCCACAGGAUGUAAAAGAAACGUUAGAGAAGGUGGUUGACUUGACUGAUAAGCGAGUUGAGUACUGUCGGAAACUGACAUCACCCGAUUCUCCAAGUGCCCGGAUGAUCAGCGAGAAGACCCACAACACACCAUGGUCUAAACUUUAUGACGAUGGCAAAGUUGGAUCCAGGUUUAGUCCGCAAUGGAUGAGUGGAUCCGGUCAGGGACAGUUGCUUCAGUUUCUGAUACGGAUGCAGAAAGCCAAAAGAGCCCUGGAAAUCGGGAUGUUUACAGGAUACGUGGCCAUGGCAAUGGCAGAGGCUCUCCCAGAAGAUGGCGCCGUGGUGACAUGCGAGUUCGAGCCCUAUUUGGUAGAGAUGGCAAGGGAAACGUUUGAUGGAACGCCACAUGGAAAGCAAAUAGACAUCAGACAAGGUCCGGCACUAAAGACACUCGACAGUCUUGCAGACGAGGGUCAGAAGUUUGACAUAGUUUACCUUGAUGCCGACAAGACGGGUUACCUCGCUUACUUCAAGAAACUUCUUGAUCGAGAGCUCCUAGCUCCGGGAGCCACUCUAGUUGUAGACAACACGUUUGAGUUUGGGUUCGCCUACACCGAGCCUGGCUCCACAGUGGACCAAUUUAACCAUGCAGUGAAAGACGACACAAGGGUAGAACAGGUGAUGCUGCCCAUCUUCGACGGUGUCACGUUGAUCAGGAAGAAGGGGGAGUAACAUGGAACAUUGACGCGCCCAUCAUAAAAUGAAGACAAACUAUCCAACUAAGAAAUCUACAUUUUGUAAACGAUGACUUAACUUCUACAAAGGAAAUGUUAACGUAAAGUUAUUUAAUCAUAGGAUAUGUUGUUUUGCUUGUUGUUUAACGCCGCACUCAGCAAUAUUCCAGCUAAAUAACGACGGUCUGUAAAUAAUCGAGACCAGACAAUCUGGACCAGACAAUCCAGUGAUUGACAUGUGCAUCGAUCCACGC